AUGGCAGCUCUUGCCAAGGAUUUACUUGUUAAAAACUGUGACUUCUCAGAGUUUAAAAAAUCUCAAUCUUCACUCAAGUCACUUGAAAACUUUAUUGCUGAAAGUUUGAAAAUUCAUGUCGACUAUCAGAUUGCAGUUCAUAAUAAAGAAAAACUGUCUUAUAGUGAAAAUCCGAAUGAAUUAGAUCUUAAUCAAAUUGAUAUAGAGUCUUCACAUAAUGA